UUGUCAUCAGGAAAGUCCGUUCCCGAAGGCACUGAACAGCUGAUGGAGUCUAUCAUCAGAGACUUUGAGGCCUCUGUAUCAUUGAAGGUGGGUCUGUGUGCAGAAUAUACAGAAGUAAGAGCACAUGGCUUCUACAACACAGUCUGCCUCAGAUUAUGUCAAGAAUCACAGAUCCCGCCUUGUGGGAAAAUUAAAGAAUCUUUCAGUGAUUCUGGAGAACUUGAGUCAGGAGAACUCGGAUAAGAAAAAAGUUUUAAGUGAUGAGGAGGUCUGUGAAAUAGAGCAAGCAGAGAAAACUGACUACAAUAAGACCAGAAAAAUACUGGACUCGGUCAUGAAAAAGGGGGAAGCAGCCUGCUAUGAGUUCCUCAGAAUUAUUUACAUGACAAGGAAGAGGACAUUAGAUCCUGACCUGCACUACUGGAUUAGCUGCUUUCCUUUCAAGGAAGACCCACAAAUGGAUACAAACUACCUACAAGGUUCAAGGCCGUGCCACAGAUAUCAGGAAAAGUUGAAGUCGAAAGCACAAAAAAUAUCAGAUAAGUUUUGGAUGGCAAACAAAAAUCAGUUUAAAGGAAACAACAAGCCUGAUCUGUCGUAUAUGUCACUUGUAUUAGACACACAAGGAAGUGUUUCUCCAUCUAAAAUAAAGAAGUCAAAGAACAAGAAAAGCAAGAUGAGUCGCAAGAAAAAGCUACGGACAUACAUCCCUGAGGUCAAAGCAGACAUUUCCCCCAGUGACCUGCUGAAAACACGUCAAAACAUACUCCUGGUUGGUAAACCUGGAAUUGGAAAGACAGCACUCGCUCAUGAAAUGUUAAAACUCUGGGCACAAAGAGACAACGAUGUGCUCGAUUACAUGUUUUACUUUGACAUGAGAGAAACAUCCGACAUCAGGAAGGACACGAGCUUGGAGGAUCUUCUCUUCAGUGUGUUCAGUGAACCAGAUGAAGGCAAAGAAGAGGUCUUACAAGACAUUAAGCAGAACUCUGACAAUGUUACACUCAUCUUUGAUGGAGUUCCAGAUCCGUCUUCAUCAGUGGUAAAGAGACUUGUAGAGAAGGACCUACUACCUGAUGCUAAAGUCAUCGUGACUUGCAGACAGGAUGAUGAGGAAGAGUUUGCUUUUGAGGACCACCUCAGAGUGGAAGUGAAAGGCUUUAGUGAGCUGACUAUAAAAACAUACUUAUCUGCAAUGCUCGGUGAAGAACAGAAGGUUAUGAGCAACGUGGAGUUGUUAACUCUGUGCCAUGUCCCAAUGUAUGCACUGAUGGUGGCUGUCUGCUUUUCAUCUGAGACACCAGAAGACUCUCCACAGCCAUGCACCAUUACUGAAAUCUACAUCAAUAUCGUUCGUUUUUGCCUUCAAAUGAACAGCAACAACAUUUCAAAAAGAAAUCUCAAUUGCUUCAUCAACAACAAGAGUAAGGAAAUACUGUCUUUGGCUGAGGCUGCUUUUCAUGCAACUGAAGGAAAAACUGUGAACUUGACAGAACGUCCCUGUGAAGACGGCUGUGUCCUUUGCUUUCUGAAAGCACUUUUUAUUGAAGUCGCCCACACUGAGACAAAAGCCACAUAUGCAUUUCUCCAUUACACAAUGCAGGAGUUUUUUGCAGCUCUGUGGCUCUUGAAGAAUCCAGAAAAAAUCAAGGAAGUUUUUCAGCAAUGCCUCACUGAGGAGAAGAAACACAUGAAACAUCUGAUCCCUUUCAUGUGUAGAUUGUUGAACGAGAAGAGCCCCAGUUUGAUGAAUUGUCUGAUUCCAGCUCAGGAGCUCAAGAAUACAUCUAACUGGUUCUUCAAGGAAAUGAUAACCACAUUUUUCAACAGUGGGCUUGAUGGGGACAUACUCUUCUUCUGCCAAUGUUUGUAUGAGUCCCAGUGUCCUGAAGCAUGCUCCCACCUUCUGGACAAACUGGGCUACCAUCUUGAUCUCAGUGGAGAGAGUCUUGAUCCUUACCCUUGCUGUGCUGUGGCUUAUGUGCUCACUCAGUCAAAGGAGAGGAAAAUAUCCCUGAACCUUGAGGACGUCACGGUGUCAGAACAAGGAAUGACACGACUAUUUGGAUGCCUUGAAAAUGUCCAAUGGUGUGACCCUCUGCCAGAGCAGCUUUGGAGGAUUUUUCUUCUCAGUGAAGGGCAGAUGGACCCUAUCAGCUUACUUGGUCUUGAUGGAAAUCGGCUGCACCUCCCAGUUGAGGGUAAAAGACAGCUGUAUGAAAGAGCAGUCAAAGUCGUGCAGAAGAUUACUAUGAAGGUUAAUGUCUGCCUCCACUGGGAAAGGAAAACUCCUGUCUGCCAGAGUCUGUGUGAGUCUCUCUUUGAGGCUUUGCCUUACAUCAGCUCAUUCAGCUUCAGGAAGACCUACAGAGGUCCAGGAUCUCAGAACCAGGAGCAAAGCCACGGGACACUGGAGAGAGAAGAAAAGCAGCUGUUACUGGAUUUAUGCCUGAAAGCUGCAAUUCACGAAGGAGAACACUUUCACAAUGUAGUGAAUAUGCUCAUCUCAUUGUUUUCUGUUAGCACGGACCUACAUAACAUCCUUCUUGAUUUUUAUCAACAUGUCAAGAGUGAAGGGUUUUCGGUUGUCAUUCCAAAACUCAGGCCACUUUUCCAGUCAGCUCCUGCAGUCUGGACCAUAAACCUCUCAGAGAGAAAGAGCUCCAUCCUCCUGGAAGUGCUGAAACUCCAAUCAGAGAAGAAACAAGUGGAGCUGAGAGGCUGCUCAGAUGAAGAGAGUGAAGUGAGGAGUUUCCUACAGUGUCUGCCUUAUAUCUCACAGCUCAGCUGUGAUCCCGAGUUCUUCCAGAGAGUGUGUUCAUUGAUCUCUGUCAGAUCCAGAGAGGAGGCCGAGCAGUUGGCCUCUGUGCUGCAGCUGCUGGGCUUCAGCCUGCUGUUAACAGGAGAGUUACGCAGGAAAACCUGCCGGUCUGUGGGGACAGUUGUCAGACUUUGUGGCUCUGACGUAAAUCUCAUCCUCACACCAAGAAAGAUGUCUGCCAGAGGAGCCUCCCUCCUCUUUAGACGUACAACACAACUUCACAGUCUGAAGCUUUCCAUUGACAUGGCCUUGUUAAUGUGUCGAUGGGUCAGAAGAGGGACAGUGGCCUGUCAGCUGACUAUCGACGAGCUUUCUCUCUCCUCUCAGACAGCCCAACCAUCAGAGAGAGUGUUGUGGAAGGUUGUCAGUAGUUUGGCUUCCCUGCUGAGAUACUGGACAGUCAGACGGUUAGACCUGACGGAGUUCUGUGUUCUUGCUCAGGGUCUCAUUCCUCUGCUGCUUCAUGAUGGUCCUCUAACAAUCAAACUGAGUGAGAAGAUUUUGCAGCCGCUACUCUCCCUCCUCCAUGAAAUCCAGGAUGAGGCCUUCACCGGUUCCUUCUUGAGGAAGGUUGGUGGAGAGCUGACGUCCUGCUGUCUGAGCUGGGAGCUCCUUCACUAUCUGCUGCUGCAGUCGUCAGCUCACACCAUCACUGUGAACAUGAGGAAGAACCGCUUCUUACAGGAGAGCGUCACACGUCUGCUUCCCUUUCUGGACAGGAUUGUGUUCAAAAGACCCAGUCCCAGCUUUGUGUUGACCGCCAUCAGAGAGAUCUAUAAAGCUCGAGCCAGUCCCGUUAUACCCAGUUUACUGAGGUCAUUGGAUGAUGUCAUCAACCUGACCUGCAGAGAGAUGGACUCGGAGGACUUUGCUGCUCUGCUCUUCACCCUCAGACACAGUGACCGAGUUAAACUGAACCUGACGUGGACCUUUAUACCAGCAAGGGAAAUAAAGUCCAUCCUCUUUAUGCUGGACAAAGUCUCUCAUCUCAGUGUUGACAGGAAUCAGCUGCUGAGGUUGGUCCACUGCUGCGCUGCCUCUGAGGCCCAGCAGGGGGCAGCAGCCGGCCUGCUCAGGACUGUGCAGCACAGGCUGGAUCUGUCCUGCUGCUCCAGUGUGGAGAUGGAUCAUCAGAGUGACUCUUUCAGUCUGACUGCUGAGGACUGCAGGGCCGUCUCCACCAUCCUGACACACAGCAGCAGAGACACACAGCUCAUCCUGCAGGACUGUGAGCUGGAGGACAGCGGCCUGGACCUGCUGUUUCCUGUCCUGCACAGAGUCCGUCUCAGAGCCAGUAAAGCUGUCCUCCUCCGGCUGGUCUCCCUGGUUCCUGUGAACAGUGAGAGGGAGUCAGUGAGACGGGCAGUGUCCCUCCGUACUGCCCUGGAUGGACAGCUUGACCUCAGUCACAGCACACUGGAUCAGAGGGCCUGUGGAGCUCUGGCCCUGAUGCUGGACUUCAGUGAAGAGCUGACAGAGCUGGACCUGAGUCACUGUGGACUCACUGACCAGCUGCUGCUCACACUCAGCGCACAAGUCUUGGAUCUGAGUCACAAUAACAUCACUGAUGCUUCAACUGACAUGUUACUCCGACUGUCCAUCAACCCCUCCACUGACACUGUGCGACUCUUCGGGAACAACAUUGUGGACAGAACAUCCUUUAAGGAAGACAAGCGGUUUGAGAUGUGGUGAAGCAGUCGUCAGUGUGGUGGUGGUCUGUGGAAGAUCUCCUUCUAUCAGGAACAUUGCCAAACUCCGUCUCACACUCUGUUUGUCAGAUGCAGAAAAACACUUUUGCCUCCUCAAGGCGGGACUACUGUAAGGUUCUCCUCCCCAGGACUUCUAGCUAGAGCCUUCAAGAACUUCAAUAUCCAGAACAGCGCCGCUAGGAUCCUAAUGAAGGUACGAAAAUAGGACCACAUCACACCCAUCCUUCACUCUCUCCACUGGCUUCCUGUCUCGUUCAGGAUCAAGUACAAAAUCUCACUGCUCACCCAUCCAUGGAAACGCCCCUCCCUACCUCAGAGAACUACUCACACCACACACCUCCUGACCUAACCUCCGCUCCAGAAACAAAGCCCUUCUUCUGCUCGGCCGCUCCUCUUCUGUGGAGUUCCUCCCAGACCACCAAACACCGACUCCUUCAGGGAGGGCAUGAACACAUUUCUUUUUCAGAAAGCCUUCUCCUAAACUUUGUAUUUUUAUGCUCCUGUUUUUUAAACCUGUUUUUAAUAUUGUUUAUUCAUUACAGUAAAUGAAAAUAUGACUGCAUUGCCCGUACUAAUACUGUGUUUGACGUCCGUUUCUGUGAAGGCCGAGAGCAGCCGGCAGUGUUUGAUAAUAAUCUGGACAUCAUGAUUUAUCUCUGGUUCUGGAGGAACGAUACUUUUAUUUAUGAUUGACAUCCUAAGAUUUUUCUGUUGGGAUCAUGAUUCAAAACUAAUUUUUGUACUUUA